AUGAUUCAAUUGCAGUACGUAAUUUACGAAUUGGAAGACUUUUGCAAGCGAGCGAAACCAGAGGAGAGAAAUAUUUUUCAUCGAUACAUUAACAGUUGUAAAUCGAUUUAUGUAGGCUCAAUAUGCGCCUUCACUGUUACCGGCUUGUUGCUCAUCAUCAGUCCUGUAGUAGAACCUCAUCCUUUUCCCAUCGAUAUAGAAUAUCCGUUUUCUGUGGACUAUCAACCUUUAAAGAUUAUCAUUUAUCUACAUCACAUAUUACUCAUAUAUCAAAGUUAUGCGCAGGUAUGCUCAAAUAUUUUUAUCGCACUUCUAUUGUGGUUUGUGUCAGCGAGAUGUGAUAUCUUAUCGAAUAGAUUUCGAGCCGUCAAAAAAUUUACCGAGUUGCGAGCAUGUAUAGAAGAACAUCAAGAGUUAUUAUGGUAUGGAAGAAAAGUUACGCUUUCUAUUCGAUAUGUAAUGUUAGCGUCGUUAGCUGUCAGUACGAUAGUUAUUAUUUUUACUGGUUGCACUUUUCUCAGCCGUCAGCAGAAAGUUAACUGCGACAACUAA